ACUCAGGAAACAGACUCAUCCGUGCUGAUCCGUGCCGUGUUGUGCCGUGCCGGGGCUGCAGUUCGUGACCCGGUGUGUGCAGACGGAGCUCAGAUUUUACCCGACGAUGGACGGACGGACGGUGGGGACGCCUUCCGCCUGAGAGCCGCCGGAGCCGGGGAACGGGUCGGCGGGAGCGUGUGGAGUUUCAGCCGGGAAAGGAGGAGGCAGAGCGGGCAGAACCUGCCGGGGCGUCCCGGUGUUUGGGCAGGUACACGUUAGCAGGCUCGGCUACAGGAAGCUAGCUCCGGUAGCUAACCGAGCGGAAACGACCUGAACCCGGGGAUAACGGCCGGACAUGGGUCUGACGGGCCGGGUCCGAACCUCCGUGUGAUUGAGCCGGUGUCGGUCGGUGUGUUCUCCGUGUGUGGGUGUCCGCCGGCGGGUGGCUGACUGACAGCCCGUCCGCUCCGUGUGUUCCAGAUGUGCGGGCGGGUUGAGAGGCGGCGGUUAGCUCGGAGUUAGCCGGGAAUGGACCCGACCCACACCGAACCACGAUCCUCCCUGCGGCGGCUUCAGAGGCGUCGGUGACACGGUAACCCGAGCAGCGGAGCACCGGCGGAGAGACUCCCCAGGAAACACCGGCAAACAGGCGCCAUUUACCGCAGAGCCGAGGAUGAAGCGGACGGAGAACGCGAACAAGAGGAAGCUGUGCAGCGGAGAGCAGCGGGAGGGCGGCGCGGAGGACCGGGAUGCGAAGGACUUCUCGGCUCCGCCCCCUCUCCUCUUCAGGAAACUGAGUAACCCUGACCUGUCGCCCUCGGCAACCGCCGCCACCAAAUCCAAGCUGCACCGACAGCUGAGUCAGGACGAGAGCCGAGCGCGACGCAGCAGCAUGGCCAUGACAGGUAAACAGCUGCUGCCUCUGUCCAGUAGUCUGCAUGGGAUGAGUCAGCUGGUCUGGCAGGGUCCGCCUGGAGGACCAGGAGGACCGGGACCAGGACCAGGAACAUCUGCAGCCGGACCAGAAGGAAACAACCUGAUCCGGAUGAGGAGUCAGACCCUGGGGCAGUCGGCGCCGUCACUCACCGGCCUGAAGGAGCUGAGUCUUCCCCGAAGAGGCAGUUUUUGUCGUACGAGCAACAGGAAGAGUCUGAUAGUGACGUCGAGUACGUCGCCCACCCUGCCUCGACCGCACUCACCUCUGCACGGACACACAGGUACCAGUCCUUUGGACAGUCCACGGAACUUCUCUCCAAACACAGCUGCUCAUUUCUCCUUCGUUCCUGCUCGUAGUCAUGGACACAGGGCUGACAGGACUGAUGGCCGGCGCUGGUCUCUGGCCUCGUUACCGUCGUCCGGUUAUGGAACCAACACUCCCAGCUCCACCGUCUCGUCCUCCUGUUCAUCUCAGGAGAAGCUCCACCAGUUGCCCUUCCAGCCCACGGCCGAUGAGCUGCACUUCCUCACCAAACACUUCAGCUCCGAGAGCAUCACCGACGAGGACGGACGACGCUCGCCCGCCAUGAGGCCGCGCUCCCGCAGCCUGAGUCCGGGCCGGUCUCCGAUCUCCUUCGACCAUGAGAUCGUCAUGAUGAACCACGUCUACAAGGAGAGGUUCCCAAAGGCCACGGCUCAGAUGGAGGAGCGUCUGUCCGAGCUGCUGUCGUCCUCGUCUCCAGAUAAAGUGUGUCCUCUGGCCGACGGCGUCCUGAGCUUCAUCCACCACCAGCUGAUCGAACUGUCCAGAGACUGUCUGCAGAAGAGCCAGCAGGGCCUGAUCACCUCCAGAUACUUCUACGAACUGCAGGAGAACCUGGAGAAGCUGCUGCAGGACGCUCAUGAACGUUCUGAGAGCGUGGAGGUGACGUUUGUGACUCAACUCGUCAAGAAGUUGAUGAUCAUCAUCGCUCGACCUGCGCGUCUGUUGGAAUGUCUGGAGUUCGACCCAGAGGAGUUCUACCACCUGUUGGAGGCGGCGGAAGGCCACGCCAAAGAGGGGCAGGGCAUCAAGUCCGACAUCCCCCGAUACAUCAUCAGCCAGCUGGGCCUCACCAGGGACCCUCUGGAGGAAAUGGCCCAGCUGAGCAGCUAUGACAGUGGAAACCCGGAGACGCCGGAAACCGACGACGGAGUCGAUAGUCGAGCGCCGUCGGCCCCUGUGGCUCCGCCUCCAACUAAAACCAAAACCCCUCGGGAGGAGGACUUCGAGAACAUCAAACUCAUCAGUAACGGAGCAUACGGCGCUGUGUUCCUGGUUCGACACAAAGAGACUCGACAGCGAUUUGCCAUGAAGAAGAUCAACAAGCAGAACCUGAUCCUGAGGAACCAGAUCCAACAGGCCUUCGUGGAGCGCGACAUCCUCACCUUCGCCGAAAACCCCUUUGUUGUCUCCAUGUUCUGCUCCUUCGAGACCAGGAGGCACCUGUGCAUGGUCAUGGAGUACGUUGAAGGCGGGGACUGUGCGACGCUGCUGAAGAACAUCGGCGCCCUCCCAGUCGACAUGGCUCGGAUGUACUUUGCAGAGACGGUUCUGGCUUUAGAAUAUUUACACAACUACGGCAUCGUCCACCGAGACCUGAAACCAGACAAUCUCCUCAUCACGUCCAUGGGACACAUCAAACUGACCGACUUCGGUUUGUCCAAGAUCGGUUUGAUGAGUCUGACCACGAACCUGUACGAAGGACACAUUGAGAAGGACACCAGGGAGUUUCUGGACAAGCAGGUGUGCGGUACUCCAGAGUACAUCGCCCCAGAGGUGAUCCUGCGUCAGGGUUAUGGGAAGCCGGUGGACUGGUGGGCCAUGGGGGUCAUCCUGUACGAGUUCCUGGUGGGAUGUGCUCCGUUCUUUGGAGACACACCCGAGGAACUGUUUGGUCAGGUGAUCAGCGAUGAGAUCAUUUGGCCUGAGGAGGACGAAGCUCUGCCUCUGGAGGCUCAGGACCUGAUCUCCAAACUGCUGAGACAGAACCCCCUGGAGAGACUGGGAACAGGAAGUGCAUUUGAGGUGAAGCAGCACCCGUUCUUCACCGAGCUGGACUGGAACAGUCUGCUGAGGCAGAAGGCCGAGUUUAUCCCUCAGCUGGAGUCGGAGGACGACACCAGCUACUUCGACACUCGCUCUGACCGCUACCACCACGUUGACUCCGAAGAAGAAGACGACACUAACGACGAAGACCCUGUGGAGAUCCGACAGUUCUCCUCCUGCUCCCCCCGCUUCAGCAAGGUCUACAGCAGUAUGGAGCGUCUGUCCCUCCAUGAGGAGAAGCGGACUCCUCCUCCAACCAAACGCAGCCUGAGUGAAGAGGGCGGAGACCGCGUCGACAGUCUGGGCGGGCUCAAGUCCAGAGACCGCACCUGGUUGGUGGGAUCUCCUGAAAUUCUGCGGAAGCGUCUCUCCGUGUCCGAGUCGUCGCACACGGAGAGCGACUCCAGUCCGCCGCUGACGGUCCGACGCCGCUGCUGCUCCGCCAUCAUCGAGAUGCCGCGCUUCGCCAUCUCCUCUGAGGAGGAAGGUGCAGCAGGAAGUCGUAAGAGUCCGAGUCUGUUGGGUCCGAGUGCGGUCAGAGGUCCGAGGAGCGAAGAGCUGCCCCUGGCCAUCCCAGAACUGCCACUGGAGCGGGAACUGAAACUGGACGAGUCCCCGACCACACCCGGGUCCAGCAGGACCGCCGGCACACCGGGUAGUUCAGGUGACGUCUGUGACCGUGGAAACGGCGCCGUCAAAGCGGACGGCGACUCUCCGUCCACUCCUAAGGCCAUCAGUGACUUGGCCGCCCGCCGCGCUCGCCACCGCCUGCUGUCGGGAGACAGCGACAAACACGCGGCGGCGCCGAGCUCCAGACCCUUAAACAAGGUCAUCAAGUCUGCGUCGGCCACCACGCUGUCCCUGAUGAUCCCGGCGGACCACCACGGAGCCUCCCCGUUGGCCAGUCCCAUGUCCCCCCACUCCCUGUCGUCCAACCCGUCCUCCAGGGACUCGUCCCCCAGUCGGGACCUGUCCCCGGCCGUGAGCGCCGUCAAGCCCGCCAUCGUCAUCCAUCGGGCGGGGAAGAAGUACGGCUUCACCCUGAGGGCCAUCAGGGUCUACAUGGGGGAGAGCGACAUCUACACGGUCCAGCACAUGGUCUGGCAUGUGGAGGAGGGCGGUCCGGCCCACGAGGCGGGUCUGAGGCAGGGGGACCUGAUCACCCACGUCAACGGAGAACCGGUCCACGGUCUGGUCCACACCGAGGUGGUGGAGCUGAUCCUGAAGAGUGGCGCCAAAGUGUCUAUCUCUGCGACGCCGUUUGAAAACACCUCCAUUAAAGUCGGUCCAGCUCGAAAAACCGGCCACAAGUCGAAGAUGGCGAGACGCAACAAGAAGACGAAGAGCAAAGAGGGUCAGGACAGUAAGAAGAAGACGUCUCUGUUCAGGAAGAUCACCAAACAGGCCUCUCUGCUCCACACCAGUCGCAGUCUGUCCUCUCUGAACCGGUCUCUGUCCUCAGGGGAAAGCGGACCCGGGUCCCCGACCCACAACCUUUCCCCCCGGAGUCCCACGCAGGGCUACAGGUCCACGCCAGACUCCGCCCACUCAGUGGGCGGGACCUCAUCCCAGAGCAGCUCCCCCAGCUCCAGCGUCCCCAACUCGCCGGCGUCCUCGGGUCACAUCCGGCCCAGUUCCCUCCACGGCCUCGCCCCAAAGCUGCAGCGCCAGUACCGCUCCCCCCGCAGGAAGUCAGCGGGGAACAUCCCCCUGUCACCGCUGGCCCGGACGCCAUCGCCCACCCCCCAAAGCAGCUCCCCCCAGCGCUCGCCGUCCCCGCUGCCGAGCCACGCCCUGGGACAGUCCGCCGUGGGACAGUCCUUCCCUGUGAAGCUGCACUCGUCCCCGCCCCUGGUGAGGCAGAUCUCCAGGCCCAAGAGCGCUGAACCGCCCCGGUCCCCCCUCCUCAAGAGGGUCCAGUCGGCGGAACUGGCCGCCUCGCUGUCCACCACCCCGUCCCCGUCGGGGGGCGCCGUGGGCGGAGACAAGAAGCUGGGGGCGGCGUCGGGAGCAGAAAACACAGUCUGGACAUUUCCCCACGAGUUUAAGAAGGACAUCCUGCAGAGAGAGACGGGUCUACAGAGUCUGCAGGAGUCGGCGGCGGAGGGUCUUCUGUCAGCGGCGGGUCGCGGCGUAGAGAAGGGCAGUCUGCAGAAACACUCCUCGUCGUCUAGGAAACUGGGGCGCCAGGAGGGCGACGGCGGUCUGGGCGUGUCCGGGUCUCUGGGUCUGGGCCCAGGAAAGUCCAAACUGAAGGACAAGCUGUCGGCGAUCCGCCAGGACCGCGCCGAGCGCCGCGAGUCACUGCAGAAACAGGACGCCAUCCACGAGGUGGACUCGUCCGAGGAUGAGACGGACGAGGGUUCUGAGGACAGCCAGGACGGACGCCGUGGGACCACCUUCACCCCGCCCCCCCUGCUGAGGCCCACCACGGUCCGGACCGGGCCCGGGGGGACCCUGCCCUCACUGUGCCUGGCGCCCUGCACCCCCCACGCCACCUUCAGCCACACGGGUCCGUCACCCCACCCCCUGCCGCCCGUCACCGAGGAGAAGAAGGUCCUGGAACCCAGACCGGUCCAGGUCCCGUUCUCCACCCCCGGCAGCGCCUUUAUCUCAGUCAGCAAAGACACGUUCCUGAAGCCGAGUCCGCCGCAGGACGCUAAGAGGGACCACCCCGCCCCCACAGAGCCCGCCCCCACAGAGCCCGCCCCCCCCAGCACGACCAACACCCGAACCGCCGGCACUGCCGAGUCCAGGACCACAGCGAGUCCAGCGGAGACGCCGCAGACCUCCUGCUCGUCUCCAGGGAUCCCCAAAGAGAAGAAAGAGGCCGACAACCGCAGGCUGUGUGCUGCCGCCGCUGCCACCGCCGCCACCGCCGCCACGUCCUCAUCCAUGUCCGCGGUCCAGGUCCAGACCGCAGCUCCAGAAUCUGGGGUCGACAAAGUGGUCUCUCAAAUCGCCACGGUCGCUAAAAGUGUCCUCGGUCCCGUCAAACUGAGCUCAACCUCAGACAAAACCCCCAAGGACCAGAAACCGUCACUGUCGGACCCGCCCCCUCAGUCCACACCCCACCCUCCAGCGUCCACCACCAGACCCAAACCCGAACCCGCCGCCUCGCCGCCGGUCCCACAGAGGCCGCCCCGGUCCCAGAAAGACUGCACAGCUCCGACGCCCCCGCUGUCCCGCAGAGACAUCCCAGAAUGCCCCGGGGCCGCCGGUCCAAACCCUCAAACCUCCACCACACCGGACCCACAGAGGAGGCGGUCCGAACCCCCGGCCACGCCCACAUCCUCCAGCACCAUGGCGCCGACACAGCAUGACAAAACGGGCAGCAGGAAGACGUAACAGCGCGAAAUGGAAAACGAAACAAAGUGACCACCUGCAUGUCCGACCCGAAGGAGGCGGAGCCGGGUGGGGGAGGAGCCGAACCUGGGCGGACUCCAGGCUCUGGUUCCGACUCUGAGCUUCUGUCUUCAACACAUAAAUGUAGAGUCGGAAAUAAGUAGCGGUUCAUUGGCCACGCCCCCGACGGGUCAGGACGUGCCUUAACAACACUCCGUCCGCCGCAAGUCGACCGCAAACGACGAGACGGAAAAAGACGGAAUCCAAGCAAUAAAGUGUAAAUACAGCGAAGACGUUUAACGAACUGAACCUGCAGCGUCAGAACCAGGUUCAAUCCGAUCCUGGAAUCCAUGAAGGAACGCAAAUCAGGACCAAAACGAUUUAAAAUUUGGACGGAGACGAGGACGGACAGUUACACCCGAACCCUGGAUGAAGACCUGGGACACUUGAAUAUUUACUGAAACCAUCCGAUAAAACCAACGAGAAAAUAAUCUGGUUUUAUUUUUAAUUCAGAGAAAAACUGCGGUAGCCCAGAGGUGCAACAGCCCCAAAAAAUUAUCCAGUAUACGAAAAAAGAGAACAAUCCAAAAAAUUGUUACCAUAAGAAGCCGUUUCAGUCGUUCAUCUGCGUUUCAGUCGUUCGUCGGAGUCAACACAUCCCGUCACGCCUCCUUCGAUGGGCCCCGCCCCCAUACGACUGCCACCUCAUUUCAGUCGUGGCGUCGUGGGUUUGACAGAACCAAACGUAAAAGUUCCUCCAUCUUACAAAUGAAUUAAUGGCCUUGGUUCAAAACAAACAGUUCAUAUUUAAUGGUUCGUAUUAGAACCGUCCCAAAGUCAGUCCCGCCUUCUCUAAUGAUCUGUCCAAUCAGAAUCAAUCCUGUGAUGUUUGACUGUUAAAAAUACUUUGGAAGAAGCAAACAGAACUUUUCCAGGUGGUCGGUGUCGUUGCUGCGUCUGUGUCGGCAUAGACGUUCCUUCAGCUUCAGCCUUUAACUGACCCCAGAUCAGAUUCACUGUCGACCCCUGAAGCCCCCAACGUCGUCUGCGUUUCAGUCGCUGUUGGAGUCAACAUGUCCCGUCACACCUCCUUCGAUGGGCCCCGCCCCCGGACACCCGCCGCCUCCUCGUUUCAGUUGAGGUGUCGUGGGUUUGACGGAACCAAAUCGGCGUUUCGUCCGAUCCGAUUCACGUGCAUGGUUCAAUGUGUAGCUAGAAGAAUAUUUAAUGUUUCUGUUAUGCUUCUGUUUCCGCCGAGUGUUUCAGGACGUUCAGGCUUUGCACAAAACCCCGUCGUCUGUCUGAACAGAACCGCUAAAGGAACCGCGGCGGUGGGCGGUGCUCUGUCGACCGCACACGCUCAAAAGGAACGGACGAACGCUGGGUUUUUCUCUUAAUUUGGAGUCGAACCUCGUCCUGAAUCUGAACAUACGACUGUUUACAGGAUGUUUGGGUCCAGAUCCAACUGGACUGAACUGGAUCCAACCGGACUGAACCGGAUCCAACCGAACUGAACCGGGUCUCAGUGGACUUUUAAAGGACUCUGUUCACCACACACUGACUCUUUAUGUUUACAUGUUGUUUGGUCAUGUGACUCCUCCCCCGUGGGCGUGGCUCCUGUUUGUCAUGUGAUGAGGAAACGUGAGCGAAUCAUCUCCUGCUGCAGUGGGCGGAGCUUAAACCACUUCUGUCUUCACUUCGGACGAGAAAAAAAAAAAAAAAACGCAUCUGAAACCUGAGUCCAACGAGUCGGAUCAGAACCAGAGCAGGUCCUGGUCCUAGUUCUGCUCCUGGUCCUGGUCUUUUGUCCUGGUCCUGGUCUUGGUCCAUCUAUUCACCAUCUGUUAAUAAAACCCCCAGAACAACAGGACCCUCAGAUCAGACCCACAUCCUGGUCCACAUCAGGUCGUGGUCCAGGAUCUGGAUCUGAAGUUAAACCUGCAGAUUCAGUUUGUGCUGAAGUCGAGGAUCCACAUCAGAUCUGGACCCUGAAACCAUCAAACCUGGUCCAGUCCCGGUCCCGGUCCCGGUCCUGGUCCUGAUCCGACUCGUGUCUGAGGACUUGAAGGUGUUUGUCGUUAAAGGUUGAUCAGUUGAAUCAUUAAACCAGUGCAAUAUCUUGUGUUUUUUUAAUGGAUGCAUGUCGUUGUCAACGUUCAACAGUAAUAAAGGGUUUUUUUUAUCAGGA